AUGAAACUAAGCGAACUUGUCCAAAAGGGCGACUUAUCAGCCAAAUCACUUGAUAAAAAGGAAAUAUCAACAGGCUCUAUUGUACUUGAUACCGUCCGAGAGUAUACGAAAAAAUAUCCAUUAUGUGUCUUGCUUGUUCAAGUAGGAGAUUUUUAUGAGCUGUAUGAGUCGCAUGCUACUCGAUAUGCUCCUCAACUUGACUUAAAGUUGACAAGAAAGGCCAUCACAGCAAAUACUGUUGUUGAUUUUGCUGGAUUUCCUUUACGAUCUUUGGAUAGAUAUCUUGAUAUCCUUGUCAAUCGCCUACAAUGCCGAGUCGCACUUUGUGAACAACUGGGGGCCGCUUCUAGAGACGACCGUUCAAUUAUGGGGAUGCAUCGGCGCAUCACUCGUAUCAUCACGCCUGGUACUGUUAUCGAAGAAAGAUUUUUAGAAGCCAAUCAGUACAACUAUCUAUUAUCCAUCUUUCCUUCUACUCAAGACAAACUUGGAUUGGCGUGGGUUGAUAUAUCGGUUGGAGAAUUUGUCAUGCAAGAAACGACACAAGAUGCACUCAAGGAUGACCUUGCGAGAAUUAGACCCAGAGAAGUAGUUUUACCUGAAUCUCUAAAGCCUUCUGACGAGGUGUUACAGCAGGGCCUGUUUGAUCUUGAUGUAUAUGAUCCAGUGACGAGACUGCUAGUGAGCGACCCAAGCAUCACAGUGAGCUAUCAAAUGGACGAUCACUUUAACGCAUCUGCUGGCUUUAAAGCCUUUCAGGCAUUGUUUACCAAGUUUGCAGAGAUAUCUGAUUUUGGACAGCUUGAACUGGGAGCAGCGAUGGCACUGAUGGCCUAUGUUAGUGAAACGCAUGUUGACAAGACGAUUAAAUGGCAGAUGCCAACGCGGUUCAGUAUACACGACACGGUACGAAUAGACAGCGCAGCUAUGAGUUCACUCGAACUUGUCAAGACGCUACAAGGAAGGAGAAAUGAUAGCCUGCUGAGUAUUCUCGACUGUACCUGCACUAGCGCAGGAUCACGUCUGCUCAAUCGCUGGAUUUCUUCUCCAUUGACGAACGUGAAUGAGAUCAAAAAGAGGCUUGAUGUGGUAGAAUAUUUUUCACAAGAUUCCUUUUUGCUGCAGGAUGUGCGUCACUUGCUUCGACAAAGUACAGAUGCCCAACGAGCACUUCAGCGACUUGCUCUGAAGCGAGGACAACAUUCGGAUGUAUUUGAAGUAUGGUCUGCACUGGACAUAAUAAAAAAUAUCACAGGGAAAUUAAAGAAUGCAGAAACACCUGCUCUGCGAGAGCUAGUAGAAUCUAUGGAUCCACAUAUGACUAUAUCACAGCACAUUCAGGACGCAUUUGAUUAUGAAAAAAUUCAGUCAAAGGAAAUUAAGGAAUAUGGCUUUGUCAACCAUGCGUUUCAUCCAGAACUAGCCCAGCUUCACAAUGAAAUAAUCGAAUUGGAGCAGCAACGUGCCAAUCUUCAGAACGACCUUCGUGAGUUGUGCGGCAACUCGGUCACUUUGCAAUCAGAUGGGCUGUUUAGGCAUAUUGUGGAAGUAAGCACGCGGCAGUCAGCUCAUCUCCUUCAGCGAUUUCCACAAGCCCAAUUGGUAAGCAGCACUAAAAGCAAGAACAGGUAUCAAAUCGAGGCCUGGUCAGAUAUUUCGAUACGACUGAGCACAAUUCAAUCGCGAAUUAUUGAAAUUGAAAACCAAGUGUUUGAUCAGGUGGUUGAUAGACUUUUAGACCACAGCACAACUAUCCUACACAGCUGCAGGAUACUGGCCCAACUCGAUGUCUUGACCUCAUUUUCUCACCUUGCUCUUGAGCGACAAUAUGUGCGGCCCCGAGUGACCAAGACAAGUCGCACGAUGAUCAUUGGCGGUAGACACCCCGUGGUCGAAGCUAACCUGGCAAAGAAAGGUAUCUCGUUUGUAGCAAAUGACUGCAUCCUAGAUCGUGAUGAGCGUAUCUGGCUCUUGACAGGGCCAAACAUGGGUGGUAAGAGUACUUUCUUGCGGCAAUACGCCAUCAUUGUCCUCAUGGCGCACAUCGGAUGCUUUGUCCCGGCGGACCGUGCAUGGAUUGGCGUGACCGACAGAAUCUUUAGCAGAGUAGGUGCCGCCGACAAUCUUGCGCAAAACCAGUCGACGUUCAUGGUGGAGAUGAGUGAAGUGUCAACAAUCCUGAAGCUUGCAACAGAAAAAUCAACCGUCAUUAUGGACGAGGUUGGCAGAGGCACGUCAACAGUAGAAGGUUUUUCACUGGCACUCGGCAUUCUAGAUUAUCUGCAUAACUCAAUCAAGUGCCGAACACUGUAUGCAACACACUAUCAUGAGCUGGCCGAUGCCGUCAAAGAAUAUGAGCACAUCAAGUGUUACAUGACCAACAUAGAAGAAGACCAUUUGGGCCGUUUUCGGUUUGUGCACAAGGUGCAGCCUGGAGUCUGUCGUCAGUCGCACGGUUUGAAAGUAGCCCAACUGGCAGGACUUCCUGCAGCAGUGAUAGACAAGGCCAAAACAGUGUGGAGUCAAAUGGAAACACGAUCAUAA